UCUGGCUGUGCUCUGGGAGGGAGCCAGCCUAGGGCCCAGGCCGGGGCCACCAUGGCGCUGCCUCUAGGCCCAGCUACACUCUCGCACACACUGCUGUUCCUGCCAGCCCUUCUGAGCUCAGGUUGGGGGGAGUUGGCUCCACAAAUAGAUGGUCAGACCUGGUCUGAGUUGUCACUUCGGGAGAAUGAGCGUCACGCCUUCACCUGCCGGGUCUCAGGGGGCCCUGGAACCCCCCGCCUGGCCUGGUACCUGGAUGGACAGCUACAGGAGGCCAGCACCUCAAGACUGCUGAACGUGGGCGGAGAGGCCUUCUCUGGAGGCACCAGCACCUUUACUAUCACUGCACAGCGGGCCCAGCAUGAGCUCAACUGCUCCCUGCAGGACCCAGGCAGUGGCCAAUCAGCCAAUGCCUCCAUCAUCCUCAAUGUGCAGUUUAAGCCGGAGAUUGCCCAGGUCGGGGCCAAGUACCAGGAAGCUCAGGGCCCAGGCCUCCUUGUUGUCCUGUUUGCCCUGGUGCGUGCCAACCCGCCUGCCAAUGUCACUUGGAUCGACCAGGAUGGGCCAGUGACCAUCAACACCUCUGACUUUCUGGUGCUGGAUGCCCAGAACUACCCCUGGCUCACCAACCACACUGUGCAGCUGCAGCUCCGCAGCCUGCCACACAACAUCUCAGUGGUGGCCACCAAUGAUGUGGGUGUCACCAGUGCCUCGCUUCCAGCCCCAGGGCUCCUGGCCACCAGGGUAGAAGUGCCGCUGCUGGGCAUUGUUGUAGCUGGAGGGCUGGCCCUGGGCACCCUCGUGGGGUUCAGCACCUUGGUGGCCUGCCUGGUUUGCAGGAAAGAGAAGAAGAAGACCAAAGGCCCCUCCCGGCGCCCAUCUCUGAUCUCUAGUGACUCCAACAACCUGAAACUCAACAAUGUGCGUCUGCCUCGGGAGAACAUGUCCCUCCCGUCCAACCUUCAGCUCAACGACCUCACUCCAGAUUCUAGAGGGAAACCAGCAGACAGGCAGAUGGCUCAGAACAAUAGCCGGCCAGAGCUCCUGGACCCAGAGCCCGGUGGCCUUCUCACCAGCCAAGGUUUCAUCCGGCUCCCAAUGCUGGGCUACAUCUAUCGAGUGUCCAGCAUGAGCAGUGAUGAGAUCUGGCUCUGAGCUGAGGGCAAGAUGGGGGUGCCUUCUUAGCCCCCAGAUACCCUCCUGCUCCUCCUCCAAGGCAUCCUCUGCCUCACCACGUUGCCAACAUGAAGAGGCCAGGCCACGUCCACGUUUGCUUCCCCUCCUGGCUGAAGUGCCCUCUGUGUCAAGCACACGAUGUGUUUCACUGGGAUCGGACCCUCAGGGGCACAGGUAUCCAUGGCGAGGCUGCCAGCUGGACCUAAGACCUUUGUAUCAACUCAGGUUGGGACCCUGCAUGUGAUGACUGGGUCCAGGCAGCUGGAGCUCCUUGGCCAGGGGUGUUCAGAUGUCAUCCAGCAUCCAAGUGUGGCAUGGCCUGCUGUAUACCCCGCACCUGUACUCCCUGGCACCUUGAACUGUAGGCAUGGGGGCAUGUGGGCUUGGGGGCCAGGGAGAGCCCUGCAUGGAUUUUCUUCCUGUACUAUGUAGCUUUGUUUUCCUCAGGGAGAAUUUAGGACCCUGCUAGCUGUAUAGAAUCAAACUGCCAUUUGCACGGGAACCAAUCCCUGACCCAGGGGCACUGGCCAAGCACAAACUAGUCCCUUUUGCUGCCGGCCUCUCUGCCGUCAUCUACCCGUCUGCUUUCCCCUCCUCUUGAGCACACUAGGUUAUAUGUUGGACCUUCUUCGCUGGGCACUAGACUUUUCUGUUGGCCUGGCCCCUGGAGGUACCAGAGCCUGAUGUUAGCACAAGUCAGGAAGAGGGAGAUGACAGUCGCAGUGGCACCUCGGAUGUUGUGUAGCUAUGCAUCAUUUUCUUACAGUGUUAGCACUUUAAGCACAUCUCCUGGGGGAGGGGGUGAGCCAGGGGCCCAGAGCCCUUUCUGUGGUCUCCCCAAGUUUGCCCUUCAAUGAUUCACUGUGAGUAUCCCAAGCCCUUGUGAACGUUGGUUUCCCUUUUAGCAUGUCUCCUCUGCCAGGGACCCCUGACUCACCCCUGGCUGCCUCAUCAGCCACUCUUCCUGCCCCACUAGGAUGAUCCCAGUGGGCACGAUUCAAAAGUGCUGGAAGCUAUAGGAGGACGUGUAGAAAGAGGAAGACCACAUACCUGCAGAUGACCUCAGAUUACUUUAAAAAACAAUAUGGAAAUGAUUAGAAAUGCAUAUAGUGUAGAGUAUAUUUUUCCCUUGUUGAGAUCUUGUUUUGUAAUUUCUUUUAUGUUAUGGCCUAGGACAGUGCUGAGCACACAGUAAAUUCAAUAACAAUAAACUUGACUGAAUGGAUUUACAUAUCUCCACU